ACUAAAAAGCGAGAAACUCACCUGCUCACUUUGUAGCGAGUAAGGAGUUGUUAUCAACAGUGUUUACAGUGCUUUUGCAGUUGUUGAUAGCGUUUUAUCGUGUCGAUUAUGGGACAGCGACUAUCUCGUAAAGAGAAAUCGGAGGGAGGAGGCGAGUGUGUGCACGGGGUAAAUCCCUGUACACCACUGACACCCACCGACCACAAGGCGGAGCAACAUCCUCGUCCUGACGAGACACCUGUGGGUACCGGUGAGAAAGGAGAGAGGGGGAGAGCAGACAAAGAAGAAGAGGCAGAAAAAGAGGAGGUUUCGAAAGUUUGCCUCUUUUUUCUCUUGUUUGUCUCGCCCCAAAUCCACCGAAGCUCAGGGUGAGCAGGUAGAGCAGGGUGAGGUGGACCAGGACACUGAUGAGCCCCAGGAGGUGUACUGAUGAUCAGGCUUCUCUACAGGAUGUCAUCUGUACUGUGGAGGACAGUGAUCAUCAGGAACCUCCUUCCAGUAGUCCUGAAGUCUCUCCUGCUCCCGUGGACCAGCGAGUGGAGGACGUCCAGCCUCAAGAUCAGGACAGUCCAGCCAGUCUGUCAGUGGGUGAAUGUCCACCACAUCUGCUGAGACAGCUGGACUGUGAUGAGAUCAUGAGGAUUGAGAACCACAUUUGCUGGAAAUACACCAUAGGCAAGAAGAUUGGGGAAGGAGGAUUCGGCUCUGUCUUUGAAGGGGUCCGUUGCAAGGAUGGCCUUGUGGUGGCUGUGAAAUUUACAGCAAAGACAGAGAACAAGCCUUACAUCAGCCUUCCUGACCAUCCCAGGCCAGUUCCCCUUGAGGUGGCCCUGACAGUCUUGGCCAAUCAAGGCCCCAGCUGUGCCCAUAUCAUUAAGCUGAUAGACUGGCAGGACCAUCCCAACCAGACCAUCAUGGUCUUAGAGCGGCCCAUACCCUGUAUGGACAUGCACAGUUUUUGGGAGCAUCACGGCGGCCUCUUCAGUGAGGAGUUGGCGCGUCAUUUCAUGCAGCAGGUGAUUGACGCUGCUGCCGUCUGCUGUUCCCGGGGGGUCUUCCACCGGGACAUCAAGAUGCCCAACCUCCUGGUCAACACAGAGACCCUUGAGGUUAAAUUGAUUGAUUUUGGCUGUGGGGACCUCCUGAGAAGCUCGUCCUACCUCACCUACAGUGGGACAGCAAGGUACUGCCCUCCGGAGUACUUCACGAAGGGUGAGUACCAUGCGAAUCAGGCAACGGUGUGGUCGCUGGGGCUUCAUCUGGAGGAGAUGCUCUUCCAUGACUGGUUCAAGGUUGCCCUGUAGGUCAUGGAGAAGAGGGUCAGCCAUGCAUCUGGUGGCCCCUCCGUCCCUCCAGCCUUUGCGUCUUGCGGGGCUGGCAUGGGUGACCCCUCCGUCCCUCCAGCCUUUGCGUCUUGUGGGGCUGGCAUGGGUGGCCCCUCCAUCCCUCCAGCCUUAGCGUCUUGCGGGGCUGGCAUGGGUGGCCCCUCCAUCCCUCCAGCCUUUGCGUCUUGCGGGGCUGGCAUUGGUGGCCCCUCCAUCCCUCCAGCCUUUGCGUCUUGGUUGCGUCUGGCACCUUGGCUGCUAUGGAUCCACAGCUCUAUGUCAUUGCAGCCUCAGUUGCAAAGCUUCCCAGAGGUUCCUGACAUGACCCACAGGGUCACACUGAUGCCCGUCAUGUUCGCCUCAAAGAUUCAUGGCAAGACUGGCAAGCAGCAAUGGCCUUCCACUGUUUCCUGUCAUAGCCUCAGUCAGAGCUGGUGUCUAAGGCUCCAGUCCCAGAGCUCCUCUCUCAACAUCCCUGGUCACAGAGGUUCCUGCUAGCUGCUCUGGUUCAAAAGGUUUCUGCCUUCACAGCAUUAGAGGAUCCUUUCACAACCACAUUAAACUACAUUGUUUGUGAAAAUAAA